ACCACUGUAAGUUCCGUAUUAUUCUUUUUACGCUUAGCAUAGCUCAUUAAAUACCACAAAAAUGUACUUAUUUAGAUAUUUAUUUUAAUUUAUGAAUUUAAUAAUGUGAAAGUGAUCGCGGCUACUUGGCGCAUAUUAAACGAAGCAAAUGGAAUAAUGUGAUUCGCUGUUAAAUACAAAAAGAAAAUUCAAAAUAGAUGAAGACACAUCGGCAUGUUGCCGGACUCUACGUUAUUUUGGCCAAGAACAAGCAACAGCAAGAACUGGGUCUACUGGCAGCUCUUGGAUAUUAGUGAAGAAUUGACCUUACACAUCUCUAAUUGUAAACUAAUAGAAAGCAACAAGUUUGGAAGCUUUCAGUUGCAGUAUUGGAUUAAAAAAAGAGCGUGCCGGGGCUGAGGCUGCACUUCAAUUCAAGUGAUGCAGAAGAACUUUGGCUAUUAAACAGCAAAAUCAGCAAUAAGUGGCAGUACCUAGCUGCCAAAUAAUAUCCAUGUCAAUAGCCAUGGCAAUGCCGAAGUCAGAGGCAGAGAGUCGAAAGGAAUUACCAGCUUCUAAUGGUGCAACGCCGUGCUGCUGUUUGGAGUGCCGGCGACCUGCUGAGAAUGCGGAAAAUGCGGAGAGUUCGGAGAAUGCUGCUAGCAAACGGAAUGCCAAGUCAUCAAGAGUGUCCGAGUUAAGGAUUAGCAGUAUGAAGGCAUCUCCACGAUCAACGACCGUUGACAAAUGUAUGCCAAAAGUUCGAAAUCGAAAUCAAGCCACAACGACACACUUAAGUCCAACGAUGCAUCGAAAGUCCAAGAGUAAAAGCAAGACUAAGACAACAAUUGGGUCUGCACUCAUUUCUACCAAUGCCCAAAAUAGUAGACAAAACGCGAAAAACAUUUCGAUAUACGAAGAACACUACCAGCAAUCGCAACACCAAUCCCAGUCCAAAUCCCAGUCCGCAACCGAAUCCGAAUCCGAGUCCCAGCUUCAGCCCCGGUCGCAGAAUAUAACAGGAACUACAUCCAGCCCAAUGGCAGUCGCUCUAAAAAACAAUAUUAUUAACAGCACGAGGAGUAACAGCGUCAAGAAACAGAAGAAAAAGUCCAAUUCAAUGCGAUUUAAAAUGCUAGUUCCGUUGCCCACGUUGGGCGCCACAUCUUUUGUCACUUUCCUCACGGUCAUCUGCAUAGAAACCGUUCUACUUUCGACCAUGUCAAGCUGCGCCAAGACAUUUUAUAUGCAUUGGAACACGUCGAACAGCAUAUUUCGGAUAGAUAACACCGAUCAUAUUAUUGAUGUCAAUAAAGGCAAUUUAGCCUUUGAAUUCGACCAAGUGCAUAUAAUAUGUCCAGUUUAUGAGCCUGGUACAUAUGAGAAUGAAACCGAGAAGUACAUAAUAUAUAAUGUGUCCAAAGUGGAGUACGAAACAUGUCGCAUAACGAACGCCGAUCCGCGAGUAAUAGCUAUAUGUGAUAAGCCUCAGAAAUUAAUGUUCUUUACAAUAACUUUCCGGCCAUUUACACCGCAGCCAGGCGGUUUAGAGUUCCUGCCUGGAAAUGAUUACUACUUUAUUUCGACUUCAUCGAAGGAUGACUUAUACCGGCGCAUAGGCGGUCGCUGUUCAACGAAUAAUAUGAAAGUUGUGUUCAAAGUGUGUUGUGCUGCCGAAGAGAAGAAUAAGACCACGGCGGAGACAACGCUGUUGGGAGGCAGUGUGCCGGCAGAGAGUGGCAUCGGAUCUGUUGGCAAUGGCGUGGACAAUGCGGGUGUCAAUCUUGAUCUAAACCCAAAUCUAAAUAUUAAUCACGGUGGUCAUCAUGGCCACAAUGCCGUAAAUACCAUUGGUAUAAGUGGUGUCAACACCGGUUUAAUAAUUCCAACUGGAGGCGGUGGCGGUGGUAUGCAGCUAAAGCCGAUCAAUGGCGUGGGCACAUCGAUCAAUUCGAAUAUUGAUCAAUUUAAUCGAGUACCCAUACAACCAAACAUAAUUGGCAAUAAUAUUGGUGCAGGUGCUGGAUCUGGAACUGGAACUGGAGGCAUUAUGCUGUCGCCUGGUCAUGGCAGUAUCAAUAUGUUGCCCCCAGGUCGUGGUGGCGUCCAUAUGGCUUAUCCUGGCCAUCAUCACAUCCAGACGGGCAUACGGAUUAAUAAUGUGCCAACGCAACAACAGAAUAAUCAACAUCAACCGCACCAUAAAGGCAAUAACAAUGUGAACACGAAUGAUGACCAUCACAAUUAUGAUAAACAUCCAAAUGAGGUAGUUAAAAAUGAGGAGCUCACCUACAACAGUGGAUCAGGACGAACAGCCGACAGUCAUAUGAAUGGAUAUAUCUGGAUGUGGAUGGGUUUAUCGUCAUCUGUUUGUGUAUAUGGCAUUAAUUCAACUAUCUUGAUCGCCAUCACAGUGGUUAUCCUAUUUAAUCAUCUGUUUGACUCUCUUGCCGCCAACCUAAAAGCGAAUUAUCGUCCUUGCCAGGAAACGGAAACGGAAAGAUUGGAUGUGGAUCGGUGAAUUUAUAGACGUAGCUGCAUCAUCAUCAUUUUGAGGGCCAUUAAAUCACACAAUUUGUAUUGGUGGAACUACGUAUAGAUAAUAAUUUUAAACGACGAACGACGAUGAAGAAGAUGUGGGAGGAUUUUCCAAACAGAAUCAAUCGAUUUGAAUAUAUAUCGAAAUUGAUGCAAGCACGAUAAAAAGGAUAGUAAAAAAA